GUUUGGUGCUCGCAGCGGAAAAACGAAUCAGCCAGCCAAAAAGUCAACAACAAAAACCAUAGUCCAAACAAAAUCAAGAAAAGCUGGGCCAAAAACUUUGAAAACGGGCGCGCGAACAAGUGAGCAGCAGCGGCACCAGAAUCUGAAUCAGUAGCCGAAGUGAAGUCAAUUAAAAUAUGCAUAAAAUGUAAAUGAGAGACGCCCAACUAAAGCCAGAGUGAAAACCCAAACACCGAGUGUCCCUUUUAAGACCACACAACAGUUUUGUUUAUUGAAUUUAGAGCAAGCCAAGCGCAAACCCAGAGUGCAAAUGAAAAAGUGAGAAUAAAUUGUGAAUCAAUCAGAUUGAGAUAGAAACACAAAAGGAAAAGGAAUGAAGGAUAGCUGGACCGGGAAGGAUAUUCGCUAGAAGCCAAAUCGAGAAGGAUAAACUUUUCUGGCCCGCUAUGCCCAGGAAUCAUGUGGUUGCGAGGAGCGCGGCCGUAGCUAUAGAUAUAGAUUCUGAUUCCGCCGAUUCAGAUAUAGAUACGAAUACAAAUUCAUUUGGCUCUCGUGUUGAACAUGUGCCAAAGCUGCGGGCUGCUUGGAGCUGACUCUGGUAAAACCGCGACGAGGGCGACGAUGCUACUUGAUUUUGGCCAACUUAAAUAAACAGGCGAGGCGUUAGCACAUACACACAAACACCAAACACCACCACCCACUCAAUCACUGACACAGCCACAGCCGCAGCCGCAGCCAAAACAAACAAAUAAACUAGGCAGUAACCCAGCGAGCACAUCCCGGAAAUGGCCGCGCCCAUCGACGAGAGCGUGCUGAAUGCACUGAGGGGCGUGACCUCCGCCAACACUCGCCUGCCCAAGCCGCUGCUCAUCAAGAUCUACGUGGCCAGCCUGAAGCAGGAGUUCAACCAGGAGCGUCGCAUGCUCCUCGAACUGGUGGGCCCGGAGCUGCAGACCCUCUACGAUGACCGACAAAUCGAGCUUGAGUUCGUGGACAUGCACUUUGGCACUGGCGAGCUGGAGGUCAACCAGCUGGAACGUGAUCCUUACUUGAUCCAUGACUAUCUGCAUGAGAUCGACACCUGCCAUGCCCACACGAAGAGUGUCUUCUUUAUGGUGCUCGUGGGCGAUGGCAUCGGUCGCCAGCUGCUGCCCACGCAUAUAGAUGAGGACAUCUUCUCAGCAGUCCUGGCCGAUCAGCAAAUCACGGCUGACCAUGAGGCAUUACUGGUUAAAUGGUAUGAAAAGGAUGAAUCUCAGUCGAGCAGAAAGCUCAAACAGGACUAUCGGCUGAUAGCCUUGGAUGCCUGGCUAGCUGAAUCACAGCAAAUGCAAAGCUUACUAGAACGAUCCUUGCAAUCCCUGGUCCAAGGAGCCAGUACUUCAGGACGGUCGGCGGAUUUUGUGGAACGUGUUCAGCUUUUGCGACGUACGCAGAUCGAAAGGGAGGUCUCACAGGCUAUGGCUCUUACUAGCGAGAAAAUCCUGGCCGUUUUUCGAGAAAGAGCUGCCCAGUGCAGCAAGCGGGAUGUGGAGGCAAAUGAAAGGUUAAGGAAAAUCAAGGACGAACUUACCAUGAACCUCUCCACGGAUAAUCACACGACUCUGGUUGUGCCUGGCAGUGCUGCCAGCGAGGCCAUCGACCCGGACAACGAGGACCACGAAUCCUACCUGAGCAAGUUCAAGAACAAGGUCACCGACAAGCUGCGCCUGCUAAUCGAGGCGCACAUAACCAAUGAUCCCGACGUAAUCAAGGGGAGGAAAAAGACUGUGCAGGAAAUCUUUCACGAGCACGCCACGCAUUUGCGCAUCCUGCGGGAGCACACGGACAGUGCCGCUCUGUUGGAAUCGCGGGUGCCCCAACAGCUUCGCCAGAAUCUGAUGGCCAACUUUCGGAAUGGCAGUCGGCAUGCCCCGUACUUUCUUUGCGGUGCAGAUGGCAGUGGCAAGAGCGCCAUUCUGACCCAUUUAUACGGACAGGUGGGCAGUUGGUUUGGCUCCACUCGCGUUCACCGGGUGAUCCGUUUUGCCAAGGCCACACCUCGUUCCGCCUACAAUCUAGAGUUACUUCGCGUGAUUUGCCAGCAGAUCUCUAUAAUCUUUAACAUACCAGAAGGCUAUCUGCCUAAGGACGCCUCCUUCGAUCCGCUGUACAUCAAUACCUGGUUCCAGAAUCUUCUGAGAAGGGUUGAGGACAUGGGCAAUGAUGUCCUGUUCCUAUUCAUUGACGAUUUGCACUUGCUAAAUCCCUUGGACUGCGAUAUUGUUACAGCUCUUUCAUGGCUGCCCACCUCGUUGCCCUGGAAUGUGCAGAUCAUCUGUAGCUCAACCACACCCGUGGAGCAGCUGAAGUUCACUCCGAUGCAGCGGGAUCGGUUCAAGUCCGCUGAGUACCAGUUCGAUUUGAAUCUGGGUGACCAUGCCACCCGACUGAAGAUUCCGCCACAAUGCAUUCCGGGAGAUGUGAGCUUUGCCCUGUAUGUGGAGCAGCAGUUUGACCAAUUGGAACGACAUUAUGGCCGACAGGCAGUGGGCGAUCUGGCCUCCUACAUCACCUGCUCGGAGUAUGGACUGAGUGAGACGGAACUGCUGGAGCUUCUCAUGCCCACCGAUGAUCCAGAGUCGCUCAUUGAGACAAAAAAUGGUCAGUUCAGCUUUGCCACCUUCAAGAAGAUUCACCGGGAGAUGGAUCUGUUACUCCUCCUGCACGACAAGAUUAUGUCCGGCAAGGUACUCAUCCAGUGGCGGCACAACUAUUGCUCGGCGGUGGCCAAGCGGCGGUACAUGGACGUCCAAAGGACUCGCAGCCUGCACUGUGAACUGGCCAAUCUGUUCUUUCCACAGGACGAGGACGAAAGCACCCUGGAAAACGAGUCGAAUCGCAGUGAGACCAAGUCGGUGAUCAGCCUGAAAGACCGUGAAAAGGAUUCCCUAUCGGCAAUGUCAGCUGUUUCCGCAGGCCGAAAGUCAUCGUCCACUCAUCAUAAUGAUGACACCUCAACCUUCUACAACCCCAUUGCCGCUGAUGUUAGCUAUAGUAUGCGUCAUGUGGAGGAGAGCUGGCAUCACCUGAUGCGAUCCGAUGACACCACCCGUUUCAAACAGAUCGCUGUCUGUAAUUUUGACUUCCUGCUGGCGGCGGUCCAAACCGUGUCCAUCAGCUACCUGCGCUGCCUGAUCGAGCAUGUGCGUUGCUACAUUCUGGACAGGGACAUCGAGCUGAUCUACUACACAAUCCGAAAGUCGAGUGAUGUUCUUACCCGUGAUCCCAUGCAACUGGGAUCCCAGCUGAUAUCCUGGCUGCGUCCAAUUAGCGAGCAUGAUGAUGACGACAACUCACUGCUAAGCAUGACAGUCCGCUCGGCGACCGCCUGGUGUGAUGGCUAUGCGGUACCGCUUCUAGUACCGCUCACCGGCUGGCUGCCUGCCCCGUUGCCCUCGCAAAUUCGCACAAUGACAGUGUCCGGAACGGGUUGCAUUCGAGCCGUUUGGCUGGCUCCGACAAAGCAACAUCUCAUUCUGGCCACCAGUUCCGGCGAAGUGCAGCAGUGGCACAUCAUGAGCAACUCGCUGGAGCACAUCUUCAAGGGACACACUGCGGCAGUCACGUGCCUCCUGGUGGCUCCCCAGUCGGAGUCGGAGUUACUGCUGACCGGCUCCGAGGAUGCCACUGUUCUCGUGUGGCACGUAGCUCUCCGCGAGCGUAGGGCACACAUUAACAACGCCCACACGGCUCCCAUUACGGGCGUGGCAGCUGGCGUCAAUAACACGCUCAUCAUAAGCAGCAGCGAGGAUGCAACCAUCGCCAUCACGGACCUGGCCAGCGGCAAACUGAGACAUCGCAUAACCCAUCACCGCGGGCCGGUGAGUGGAAUCCUGGUGGCCGGAGCUUGUGAUGUCCUGAUCUCGGCAGGUCACGACAGGAACAUUUGUGUAUGGGACUUGGAGAACUUCACCCUGCUGAACACCAUGCAAAUGCCAAGUCCCGUCCUGCGUAUUGACAUUUCCUGGAAUUCGGUAUUUCUUCUGGCUUUGUGUGAGGAUAAUGCGCUUUAUGUCCGCACUCUGGCCACCGGCAAAGAGCUACAUACUCUCAAAGGGCACAAGUCAAAGAUCCGUACAAUUUCGAUUGGUAAGGAUAGUCAGCGAUGUGUGGUGGGCUGCGAUGAUACGCGAGCGUUAAUCUAUGACAUGCACGCUGGAAAACUCGUAAGAUCCCUGCCUCCGAAUCCUGGACCAGUUACCGCUGUGCACGCCAUGGAUAAUGAUGAUUUCCUGGUCACUGUGGGUGGAAAUAAGAUCACCUUCUAUUCGUUCCGUAACGAGGAGCUCUAUGUGAAUCCCUACUCAAGACAUCCGCGACGUAAGCGCAGCCUGAAACGUCAUGCGCAGGCGCAACGAUCGCCAUCGACCACAUUGCCACCAAUAACCUGCUUCGAUUUGUCCCGCGAUUCCCAGCAAAUGGCCAUUGCCUCUGGACGGAGUGUACACCUUAUGAGGAUAAAUACGCCCGAGUACCAAUGCACUUUGGAAGGACACUCCGCUGGGGUAUCCUGCCUGAAGUUUGCGCCGAAUGGUGAGUUCCUAGCCACCGGUUCGGAGGAUCGACUGGUGCUCAUUUGGAACCUGGCUCUGGGUGAGAUUAGUCAUUCCUUUAAGGGUCAUACGGCACCAGUGGUCAAGGUGGUUGUCCUCAUGGACUCAUUACGAGUAAUCUCCACCGAUCGGGAUUCCAUGCUCCUCGUAUGGAUGGCCCACUCGGGCAAUCUGCUGCAGACCAUCCAGGGUCCUUACAAAAGUCUGGCCGUGACCAAUAAUAUGCGCUUCGCUGCCUCCACGAAUGGGGAUAACACACUCAAGAUCUGGUCACUAACGCAGGAGGAUGAGAAGUAUUCCGUUUCGCAUUCGGACGAGAUCACCUGCUUCGAGAUCAGCGCAGAUAGUGCCCACAUUAUCAGCGGAUCGCGGGAUAUGUCCUUGAAGGUGUGGCAGGCAACGGGCGGCAAACUUAGUCAGGUGCUGGUUGGACACAGUGAUGCCGUAACCUGUGUGGCCGUUUCGGUGACCAACAAGACGCAGGUUCUGUCCGGUUCCAAGGACAUGAAUCUCAUUAUCUGGGACCUUCUCACUGGCGAGGAGGUGCAUACCUUAGCAGGACAUUUGGGUCCUGUGAUUGGAGUUAAAGUAUCGGCAGAUGGUUCCACUGCCGUUUCUGGAAGCGAUGACAAAACCCUGAUUGUGUGGGAGACCAAGCGUGGAUUAGCUCUUACCUCACUCCAAAUGCAUGUGCCCUUUACCCACUUUGACAUUAGUCUGGAGGUGUCUCGAGUCCUGGUCCAGCUGGUGGACAGCUAUAAUCUCCCCGUGAUCUGUUUGCACAACACCCCGGCGCAGUAUGUUAAGCUGCCGACGUAUUCGGGUCCCAGCAAGGAUGUUGAGGAUCUUCGACCGCAAGGACCUAAACGCCAGAUGAAGCGGCUGCUGAAGAAGGAGGUCUCCCUGGACACCUACACCUGGCAGAAGAAGUAUGGCCAUUUGACCUCCUCCGUGAUGAUGGCCCAGGUCGAUGAGCGUCUGAAGCGGCGCUUUAGCGUUUCGGCCAGCAUGGAGGAGAUCUCGAAGAUUGCGGAGAACAAGACUGGAGCUUCUCAGGCAAAUCUCGGUCCAGAGCAGGCGGCUCUGGCCCAAUCGCAGCACUUUGACCAACUGGAAGCCCUGUGGAACAAGCGAUCACCGCCCAGAAGACGUCACAAUGCGGGUCUCUCGAGGCAAACCUCGCUGGUGGAGGACAGGCUCGAAUCGUCGGACGACGACGAGUACCAGGACGAGCGCGCAGGUAUGUUGUCCGCCUCCUACGAUAACAUCCACCACCUUGCACGUUUGCCCGGCCUCCGAUCCCUGCACGAUGCAUGGAAGACCAACAGUCUGCGAGUGCCCCGUCGCUCCGGUCGCACCAAGUUCUAUGUGAGCACACCACCACCACAGAACUCGCAGGACAGCAGCCGCCUGCAGCUGGACGACAGGCACGAACCCGGACAGUGUACAGAUGAGACGGUGGCUCCUGACCUUGUCAGGGAUCUCCUGGUGGCCUCAACCACUUUAGAGUCACCGCAAAGGAUCUCUCUGCGGCAAUUGCUCCAUUGGCCCAGUCUUAAGUCUCGAAUUUGGCGCCGCCCGCGGAAUUGCCAUUCAUUACAGCCGAACAUACGGCUUAAUCCGCCGGAAAGACUCCGGCCCACACCUAUCAUUGUGGUGGAGAACUACGAUGUCCGACGUGUGCAGCAAUUGCGCACGGAUCUGAUUCUGCAUCCGCAGACAAGUAGGGCCUCAGUGGGCCACAUCGAGGUGGCUGGCAGUGAACAGCUUCUGGCCAAAAAGGCCAACUUCUGGCAGCGCCGCUGGCAACUUUGGCGCCGCAAGGCCACCACAAAUCGUACCGAGUGUAGCUACCCACUCCGGGAUACCGCCAAUUCUCAUUCGAAUAACAACAGCACCUCCGAUACCACGGCAAAUUGUAAUGACUGUGUGGCCCAAUGACAGGCAGUGACCACCCAACCACCGACCGAAUCGUACCGCCACACCAUCACUUCCGUUCUCCAGCACUCCUUCUUAGCCACUCUCUAUAUACGUAGUUUUGGCCAUGCGUAGUUUGUUCGCCUUUAGUCAACUUUAACGUAUUUAUUUUUAAUAAAUUUCCACAAGAUUUAUUUCGUUUUAUUUUUAUUGCUCGUUCAAUUAUAACCAAUUAUCUAUGGUCAAAUUGUCCGGAAACUGUGUCCAGGUGAGUACACUCAAAAAAGAAACAACAAAGACUGAACUUUAGUUAAAAAUGGUAAAGGAAUAACUUAAUCCAGAAAUAAUUUGAAUUUGUACAAAAACAUUGCAUACUUUUAUGCACUUUUGAAAAUACCUGAAGGUUUCUGCAUACAAGCUUUAAAUUUUAGGAAUAUAAGGGUUUCUUAAUAAAAAAGCAAAAUAAGUUCCUUUAAAUGAUAAAAUUUAUAAUCUGGCUAGACAAAUAAUAAACAGCUUCACUUCAACUCUAUCAUUCUGUAUUAUUAAAAUCAAUCCUGACAACUUAAAUUAUUUUCUUUUAUAAAAACAAUACUACAGUCUAUUUCUCGUUCUGUUGGUAAUUAACUAUAAUUCUCAACCCCUUUGAAAAACUUUUAAAGAAGCCCGUAGAUUCAAUGUUGAAAUGGCAAUUGGGUUACAUGUAAAAACGUUGUAAUGAGAAUGCGGAUGCCAUUUUUGCAUUGUUAAUUAUAAUUAGUUUUACCCCAGGUAAUGACAAGCCAACUCCGCGUGUUUUCGACUGUAAUGGCUUUCGAGUAAAUGGCUGCAUCAUGAAUAUUAAGUGCUCAUCCGACCAGUGGUCGUGCUCAUUUCGAACUGGCCAAUGCAUAAAAUUGCAAUCAAUAAAUUCGCAACGCGAUUAACUCGAUAAGCAAACAAGAGACCAGUGCAUCGCUGGUCGGAUAAUGAAUUGAACGAAUUAAAAGCAAUCAAUUCCAGUCGAGCGGAAUCGAAACGGAACGCAAUUCGAAUCCGAAUGGGGUCAGGGACUUGUGUGGGUAUGGGUUUUCCCCAUUUAUACCCGGAGGUAAGCAGCUCGUUCUCCAAGCUCUACGUUAAGUUCAUACAUCCUUCUCAGGCAUGUUUUUUUUUCUUGUGCUAUUCAGUCAAGAGGACAAUAUGUAUAUGGAAAUAUCCUGGAAACCAAGACGGAACUUGAGUCUGUGUAAUAUAUCUGCUUUCGUUCUCUAAA